CCGGUUUCCUCCACUUGUACAUGGCGUGCAGAGUGAGAGGUACUGCGUCGCGGCUCAACACACAUCGAAACAUCACACGAGAGUCAGUUCACAAGAAUACCCCGGACUAGAAUGAAUAGCCGAGUGCCGGUGAGAACGUGAACCGCGACUUUUUUUUUGCUUAGCGGAUAGUGCUUUAGUGAGAUUAUUUACUUCAUAAUACUGAAUCUGGACAUGGCUAUAGACUGGACUCCUAUGGACGACCUACUACACCACUAGGCCGUCAAGUGUAUGCCCGAUCAGGGGACUGUUGGGCUGUACCAGGAGGCUUUAGUAUCCUCCAUCUAGAUUUAUGACAUCACUUGAUUGACUCUCAAGGCUCUGGAGUGACUCUUUUCUGAAUAUUUUUUUGGUGUUCUAAUUUCUAAUGUGACGCGUCAACCCGAAAGUGGUCACCCCUUUUCUUGCAAUUUUGUGAUAAUAGUACCGUGUAGUCCAGUGCCAUUUAGUUACAUUUUCACAUCUAAUAUCAUCAUCAAAACAAAUCCAUAAGACAGAACAAAGGUUUUCUUUUUCGAAAAAAAAGCAACAAAUACAACGAGACAGUAUCCUCAGCAACAAUUGAUGUCCUUAGGAUAUUUUGUAUACAAGAAAUAACGAAGGCAAAGCCAUAGAGAAAAAAGUUUAAGAAAAAAACUCAGGCCUUAGCACAAGAAGAAACGUAAUUUGACCUCUGAGGACUUUGAUUUUUGCCGAAGAAUCGAUGCAAUAGGACCAAUUUAGUGUGACUAAAGAAGGAGCCCUAAUCGAAAGGACUCUCACAUUGAUAAAAAAAAAUACCCAGUGUCGUUUCCCUUAAGAUUCGGGUUGAAGUGCUUUUUUUUGCUGGUGCACUUGAGGGCGCUCGAGUGUAAGAAUUGGCCAACAUUGGAUCGGAGGAUAAGACAUUCUGGCAGUCAGCGAAGAUGUUGACCGACAUGGGACCGACGGCAGCGGGACAGUUCUACGGAUCGCAAAUCCCAACAAUGGGCAUGAACAUUACAAAUAUAGCGACACAUAUACAAAAGCCAUCAGUUAGUCCUGAUCAUCCUAGUCUCAGGGGGACUCCUCUGGCAAUGCUGGCGGCACAGUGCAACAAAUUGUCCAGCAAAUCACCUCCCCCACUUGCGGAUGCCGCCGUGGGGAAGGGUUUUCAUCCCUGGAAGAAGAGUCCUACAGGCGGCAAUGGAGGUGCCGCCGGGGGACCCCACUCACCCGGAUCUGGCGUCUCAAGUGGGGUCUCAGUAACCAGCAAUGCCUCCUCAAUGGCACAACGAAGUCUCUCAUCGUCUGUGAACUCAAUGGGAAACGUUACUCCCAGCCGCUCAGUGUCGUCGUGUUCAGCGACAGUUACACCAUCUUACGGCAGUGAUUUGUACUUUCCCGGCGCCACAACAUCACCCGCCGUGGCGGACAAUUCACACAGUCACAUGCAUCAGGGUUUUCUGGGGAAGGUUGAGGGUGCUGCCCUGGGAUCUGUUUAUUCUCGCCAUCCCUACGACUGGCCCUUUAAUGCUGUCUCGGCCGCAGCCACUGCGGCAGCACACAAACCGGACGGUGUUAAUUCCGGCUGGUGGGACAUGCAUGGUGCGGCUGGCGGCUGGCUAGAUAUGGGAAGUGCAGGAAUGCACGCUACAAUGGCUAACUACGCUACAACUGGCUCUGACUACUCCUCCCUCACCCAUUCACUGUCAAAUACAGCGCAUCUCCUGGGCUCGGGGCAGCAUCUCCUGCAAGACACGUACAAGAGUAUGUUGCCGACCCAGGCUGUAGGUGGCUUUGGACUGGCAGCUCAUGCGGGUGGUGCCCCUUCUGCUCCGGCAGCCCCUCAGGCCCCAUCUCCACGAUCCCAGAGGCGCUACUCUGGUCGAGCCACAUGCGACUGUCCCAAUUGCCAGGAGGCAGAACGCCUGGGGCCAGCUGGAGUCCACCUGCGCAAGAAGAACAUCCACAGCUGCCACAUCCCCGGAUGCGGCAAAGUCUACGGCAAGACCAGCCAUCUGAAGGCCCACCUGCGCUGGCACACUGGAGAGAGGCCAUUUAGGCACCUCCGGACGCACACUGGUGAGAAGCGCUUCGCAUGUCCCAUCUGCAACAAGCGCUUCAUGCGCAGCGAUCAUCUCGCCAAACACGUGAAGACCCACAACGGCGGCUCUGGCGGUGCCUCAACCAAGAAGGGCUCAUCGGAGUCCUGCUCAGACUCCGAGGAGAACAGCCAGGGCGAUUUGCACCAUCAACAAGCACAGUUGGGGCCACAUCAGGCACAGCAGCCUCCACCGCCGCCACAGGCUUCAUUUGCCCAGCAGCAUCAGAUUCAUUCGCCGGCGCCCGCUCUUCAGCACCAUACACCCAGUCCGGGCCUCGAGCACGGUUCUCUGGCGCCGCCAUUGGACGUUAAGCCAGGAAUAGUCUGAGACGAGGCGGCGCACCCGGCGCUGCUGGCGACGCACCAGCUGGUGCAGUGGCCACCGCCAGGGGCUCCGGGUGCCGCCGCCACAACUCUCCUCUGGCCCCAGUAAAAUCCUACCGUUUUAGGGGCCUGGGCACCAUGUCCCUAUCUGUUAGAGCCACACGCUACGACACAUUAAAUCAGAAUCCUUCGAGAAAUAUCCUCAAGGAGCCUAUUCGGCUCACAUCUCUCUAAUACUUUAAUAUUAAUCUUUCGUUGGUUUUUAACGUAUAAUUUUUGAAUUUGAAAAUAAAUUAAAUAUUCAUUUAUGAAAAUGUCAAGUCGUCUCAAGCACUCCUAUGAUUUUCUUAAAGUUCCUUUACUCUUAUUAGAAAAUUUGAAGGAAAUUUGACAUCUGUCAAUUUGCUUUAAAUUUCAACAUUUGAUAUUUUCAAGCUAAUUUAAUAACCGUUUUAUUUUAAUUUUUCAACGUGAACUAAUUUUCUCUAAAAUGAAAAAUAGUAAAAAAAAUGUUGGGAAAUUUUGGAAAAGUUUCAUGAAAUUUUCAGUAAUGAUACCCUAAAAUUUAAGAAGUAUUGUAUAAACUUUAUGAAUCAUACGAAUAAUUCCUGUAAACAUAUAUUUGUUUCAAGUAUUAAAUGAAAUUUAUAAAAUACCAUCUGGAAAUUUUGGAAAUUUUCGUGAAAUUUUAUGAAAUUUUCAUGAAAUUUUAUGAAAUUUUGGUAUAACUCUAUGAAAUUUUGUGAAAUUUAUCCGAAAACCUUUUUAGUUUUCUUCAUACAGUUACGGUAAUUUUCUAUUUUUUAUAAUUUAUCAAUGAGAUGCAGUAAUACUUUGAGGAUAUUUCUCCGAAUGAGACUAGAAGAAAAUUUGAAAUACUUCAUGGUACAAAUUGUUUAAACAUGGCUUUUUCUCACAGAUCAGAGGUUUUGAACCCUAAAAAAAAAUUAUUGUAACUAAAAUCCCUCUGAAAAAAUACAUUAUAUAAAAAAUACCAAUUUAAAAAUUGUAAUUGGAGCUUGCGUGCUGUUGUCGUUUCCUUCUCAUACCCUUUAUCUUCUUUUAGGAUGGCUCAGAAAUCUCGAAAAGAAGAGGAAGAAUCACGGUGAGAGACAGGAAGAGGUGUAUCUAGCGUAAAAAUCAUCAAAUAUGAGAUAUUUUGUAAAUAAUUGUUAAUUGACGUAAGAUGAAAAAUUGAAGAAAAACAAUGUCUUUGAAAAUUGAAAUAAUACAAAUUUCAAUUGGAAGAAAUUUGCAUUUGAAUGCAUUUUCUUCAUUCAAAAGAGAAUAAACUCUCAAAAUAUUUGGGAGGGGAAAUAAAAUUAAGCUUAGAUGAGGAGAAUUAAAAAAAAAAGAAAUUAGAAAAGUUUCAGUGUAAAAUCACAAAAGGAUCUAAAAAUAUAUAUAAUUUGCCCCAUCCUUAAUCUUUCUUUUCGUUGAAUAGAACAAUUAAUGUCACGCAGAGAAAGAAAGUUAGAGAGAAACAUGUUGAAUUCACUGUGAAGGCGAUUUAAAUGAGGUUUAAAAGUGAACCCUUAGACACAGAUAAAAUGUCAUAGAACACUGUAAAUAAUUUAUUACAAUUUAAAUUAUAUUUAUAUCCCCCUCAAAAUAGACGAGAUGAAAGUGAAAAUAUCAUUUUGAAAGUGUAAGGAAUACUUGUUAUAUAAAUAUCAAAUUGAUGAUGUACUUAAGAAGAAAAAAAAACUAGAAAUGUAAAAGAACGGUGUAAAAUUGGAUUCAUCGAGAAGCUGAACAUCUUAACUAAUUAUCAAAUAAAAGAAAAAUAUUAUUGUGUGUAAAAAAAAAGAAAGAUAAACAAAAAAUUCUAUUGAGAAAUAAAAUCUAGACCAAA